GCCGCCCACAGGCUCUGCGUGUCUCGUGAGGAGUGCUGUCCUUUCUCUCCCCCCCACAGGUGUAAAACAGAAGCUGCUCGUGACGCUUUGCGCGGCAGAUUCCUGCUCGUGUCCAUCCCGCUGCAGUUUGUCAGGAAGGCAGCAUAAGUCAGCGCCUUUACUCUUAACAAUAAUCCGCCUAACACGACGACUGUCGCUAUCGGAACAAUAUUACACCUACUUUAAAAAGGUUUCUUUACUUUAUGAAACAUACAUUUCAGUGUUAUGUGUCUCACUUAUUUUAUGAUUGUGUGACACGGGGAGAGGGGACAGGUAAUCUGUGAACACUGACAAGAGCAGAAACCAGGUGAGUCCUGAUCCUGAUGAGAGUGAAUCACAACCAGACUUUGUCUAACUUUGCAGGUGGAGGUUUUGGCAAGAGAGGGGUAAUUGGUCCGGGUGAAGCAGCGUGGUGUCCAGGUGAGGUGAUCCGAGAGUGACGGGAGGGCAGGCAGGUGAGCGGAUCCAGGAUGACUGAGGGUGUAGAACACAGGGGUAACACUGCUGUGAGCAAACAUCUAUGACGGUCAGCACUAACUGUGGUUACUUGAAGACCCGGUGGAGAGUUUCCAGGUGGAAACCGUUAGUCGGAGGUAAAACCCCGGAAUCACCUGGACCAUGACACCCUGCACCAGUAAUUCCCAUUUAACAGCUGAUUAGGGAGAAAUGUAUUACUUAAUAAUAAUAAUUAUUAUUAUUUUAUAAUAAGCGCGAUAUUUUAGCACAGUGAAAUCCAGAGACUGUAGAUUUCGCUGCUGAAUCAGCCAUAAACACGGCGGAUGAGCUGGCAGGUGACUUUUAUUUUGAUAUACAAAUACCGGAAGUCCUUCCGUUCUCCGUUCCCGCAACUUUACUGCUCGGUUGGCUGAGUGACGUCUCUCACCGACCGGUGAAAUACACCGACAAAUCGACCGGACUGACCGCUUAUCCGUCUUUGCUGGAACUGUCCCUCUCCUCUCCCCGGCCUGAAGGGCCGAGCCGCUGACACGGAGCAGUAGCGCUUCUCCGCAGGAUGAUGGAUGUAUCUCCGGUACUGACCGACGGACGCGCAUCCCGGUGGACUCGGCGGACGGUCAGCGCACACUUUUGACCAGCUCAAAGAAGACUGACGCACCGGCUGUUUGCUCCUUCAGUUUUGAUCCUUUCCCCCGGAAUGUCAUCAUCAAGGAGCGAGUGAAGCAUCUGCUCUCGCCGGGUGCCGCUGGACGUCCUUCUCCUCAAGGGUUUCUGGCGCUUUUAGCAAACGUUAGCACCGGUAUGAGCGGAACCGCAUCUGCCCGUCAUAUCUAACCGGGGUCGGAGGCUGCUAGCAGGGAAAUAUUUGGAUCUGUGGAUGAGAUUGUGUACGGAGCGGAGGAGGACGGAGGAAGAGCAGCGGCAGCAGCGGAGAACCGAACAUCCACCCUCAUCCCCGGAGGGGGGCAGAAGCAGCGACGAGGCCACAGGACGAUGUGAAGAUGGGGGUAGUUUUCGGUCUCCUGUGGCUGUUUACCGGCUUCCUGCAGGGCGUGCACGGCCAGGGCGUGUACGCGCCCCCUACAGUGCGAAUCGUGCACUCUGGUCAGGCCUGUAAUGUGGAGGAGGAGCGCUACAGUGAGAGGGUGUACACUAUCAAAGAGGGAGAGACUCUAGAGCUGCAGUGUUUGGUGACUGGACACCCCCGACCACAGACCUGGAUGACCCAGUGAUAACGAUACAUCAGAGUGUGGGUGAAGCAAAGGAGCAGUUCUACUUUGAGCGGACAGUCUUCCUGCGCUGCGUAGCAAACUCCAACCCUCCUGUCCACUACACCUGGAGGAGAGGCAGGGAGGUGCUGUCGCAGGGCUCAGACUCUGGGGUGGAGAUCUACGAGCCGUUCUUCACACAGGUCUCCGUAAAGGUCGCUUUUGGAUCACACCUGACCCUUACCACAAUGAUGACAAUAUCCAGAUUGGACGGGAGGUGAAGAUCAGCUGCCAGGUAGAGGCCACGCCCCCAGAGGAACUGCAGUUCAGCUGGCUGAAGAACGGGCGGCCUCUGAGGAGUUCAGAGCGGAUGGUCAUCACCCACACUGACACAGACGUCUCGCCGGGAACCACCAACCUCGACAUCAUCGACCUCAAGUUCACCGACUUUGGCACCUACACCUGUGUGGCAUCACUAAGGAACGGAGGAACCCCAGAGAUUAGCAUUGAUGUCAACAUUUCAUCCACCACAGUUCCUCCAGAGCUCACCGUCCCCAGGGGGCGCUCUCACCUCAUCGCUCAGGAAGGCGACACUGUAGACCUGCAGUGCCUGGUCUCUGGAAAACCCAAACCCAUCAUCCUGUGGUCUCGGGUGGAGGAGAGCGGGGUGGCGGCGGCGGCAACGGCACUGAUGCCAGACGGCUCCGUUCAGACGGAGAGCUACGACGGCAUCCUGAGGAUCAGCAACGUGACCAGAGAGAUGAGCGGGACGUACCGCUGCCAGACGAGCCAGUACAACGGCUUCAACGUCAAGCCCAGAGAGGCCUUGAUACAGUUGGUGGUGCAGUAUGGGUCAGUCUCGCUGGUGGGAGCAGGAGAUUCCCAUGGAGGGAACCAUCCAGAAGGGGGAGCUCUUGACCUACAACUUAACUGAACUCAUCAAACCUGAAUCCUACCUGGUCCGCCUGACACCCAUCACCCGCUACGGGGAAGGAGACUCCACUGAGCGCAUCAUCACAUACAGCGCUCCUGUUAACCCACAUCUCAGUUUCUACAUGUACAUAGAGACAUCAAGACCAAGGCUGGAGGACGACACAGCCAGACUGUUGUCCCCGACAUUCAACUCCAAAAGCUCCUCUGUCAGCAACAACCCCACCUACUGCUUUGCGUUUUAUUAUCACAUGUAUGGGAAACAUAUAGGAGCACUGAACGUUUUCCUGCGUCAGAAAGGUCAAGCGGUCACAGAUACCCUGGUCUGGAGUCUCACCGGUAACCAAGGAGACCGCUGGCGUCAAGCCAAGGUCAAGAUCCACCCAACUACAGCCUUUCAGAUGGUGAUCGAGGGCGUGCGAGGCUCUGGUAUUGAGGGAGAUAUUGCCAUCGAUGAUGUCGCUAUUGAGGAGGGAGAAUGUAAAGACCCCCCUCCCAACAAUCUAAGGUCGCUCGCCCCACCCUCAUCGCCACAUAUAUGGCAGCACUGCAUCACUCUGAUUCUGGCUCUGAUUGGCCAGCAGAGGUGACCCCUCCUCUCUGUCGGACAUUGCGACCUUUGACUCUUUGCCCACCUAUUCCUGCUCCAUCAUUCCCAACAUUUAACCCCACUCCAUCCCUCUGCUACCAAAGAUACAGUCAGAGACGAGAUAGCUAAAGCAGGAGGCCAUACGAUGGUUUGGUGACAUGAGAGUUGAGUUUGAAGGUGCCAGAUUAAUUUUAUUAGGCUCGUCUUCUCUCUCGAGUCACAGCGAUCUGUUUCUGACAGAGCAGCUUCAGUCCAAGACGUGUUUGCAGUAGCUGAGCUUAGAGACUGGAAGCAGGGGGAAACUGCUGCGCAACAAGCUCUGACGUUGAAGAACCUUCAAGCCACAGCAGUAUUGUCUGAUUAGUGACCAUAUUUCUCGACGUGUUCCAGGAAAAGCAUUCAUUUAGUAAAUAAGACAGCUUUAUUUAGAAUUAAAUUAAUAAGAUCGGCUGUUUAUCUCUCUGAUGGAUGCUGGACUUUGUUUGGUUUGACAUCGAUGAGAUAAACAGUUGAUUUUUCUUACGUGUCUUCCGUGCACACGCAGUAGGGAGGUGACAGUUACCUGUUUGGCAUUUUAACCCCCAAAGACAUUCCUCAGGUGUAGCUUUGUUCAAGUUACAGCUUUAUUUCAAAGCAGCAAUUUCUUUGAAUAUGUUUUUUUGAUGCAGUACCACCUGUGGCUGCUGAUGAGCAAAAGGACUUAGCUUAAACGUCUUUUAUCAGAUCAUUUCAAAGCAGAACCAGAAGUUUAAGUAUGAAUUUUCUUCUUCUCUCCUUAUUGGUAAAAUGGUAAAUGGUCUGUAUUUAUAUAGCGCUUUACUCGUCCCUAAGGACUAGAAAACACUUUACA